AUGAAUGAAGCAACACGACGUACAAAACGAUCUGGCAAUCGGUCUGCUACACAACCGCGUUGGCACAAUCAAGCCUACAUGCUUUUCCUGGCUUUACGGCAGCAUCCAGAUCGUUGCCUUUCGCGGCCUGAACUCAUUAAAGCGGCACUCGCGCUCGACGAAAAGAUUAGCAAAGAACGUAAAUUACCACGCGUUUUUAAAGGCAAGACACCAAUGAAUUCUGCAUCAGCCAGUCUGACUACCAACACGGACCGCUACUUUAUACCCUUCCGACCCGAUGGCAGUCGCUCCAUGCACUUUAAGCUCGCGUAUGAGCCAGGAAACUUUCAACGCGCGGUACAAGAGUACAGGAAAUGGGAACGAAAACUCGCAGACCACGAUUGGCCUUUUUGUUUUGGCAUACCGAAAAACCCACCACCGGUGGCCAUUGACAGCGGUGAUGGCACUAUCCAAGCUCAUCAAGGAGAAGAUAGCAAGAAAGAUGAAGCACCAGCAAGGCCACCCGCAAUGACCGAAUUUGACGAGUUUAUGAUGAGUCGCAAUGGCAACGGCCGAAAAUAUCACCAGGACGACAUGAACGGCUAUAGUAAAAUCAACAACAAUGUCACAAACGACGACAACGACGAUGACGAAGGCAAGGACAAAAUGGACAUGGAUGAAACAACAGCUGGGGAAGACGGCAGCAACACGGCAGUGAUGAAGGCCGUGAAUGAACUGGAACAACAGCAACAGGAGAUCAAGCUUGAAGACCUGGAUCUGACCCAUGUUCCCAAAAGCUGGAUGGAUGUAUUGCGAGUAGGCGAUUCAACGAUUUCAGGUGCUGGACAGGGCCUCUUUGCUACACGGAAACUGCCGUACAACACGCCGCUUGGGUUUUAUUUCGGUGUGCCAAUGACAGAAGAUGAAUACGAUUCUUUGAAGGACGGUGUCGGCCGUGCCUCCGAGUACUCGAUCAUGUAUCGAAGGACAGUGCUCGAUGCAACGGAUGAAGAAGGCCAGCCAUUCACGGAUCCAAAAGGAGAAAUGUUCUGCCCCUUCCACUUUAUGAAUGAGACCAACGAAAACAAAGCAAACAUACUUUUUAUUGAGGGUGCAGUAGUGAAUCAAGUCAUCUGUUGGACGAAGCGAGAUAUUGAGCCGGGCGAAGAACUCUUUGUCUGGUAUGGCCGUGAUGUGGAUCGACACUGGACCCCACAAGCAGGCGAAAGCAAUGGCAGAAAGAUAUCGUCCACCUCACCAUCAUGAUAUUCAAAGAAUGUUGUGUAGCAUGGAAUGUGUAAAUAAUAAGUAUUUAUAUUUGCGAAAACUACUCUGUAUGAUUGUGUAUAUAUAUAGGUGUGUGUUCGUGUAUAUAUCCAGGGGGUUGGUGUAUUUUUUGUUGUUGUUGCUAGGGAUGUAUUAAAGGUGCGGGGUGUUGCAUGCGAACUGUAAUGAUGAAAGAUGAGGUGUGAUGUAUCUAAAAAUCAAAGUAGUAGGGCAUAGUAGUAGUGGUAAAAGUGAUGGUGAUGGUAGUAAUAGUGGAUUGUAUGAUUUAACAAAUGAAUGGUUGGAAUGUGCCUGGCGGUUGUUC